CUGACGCUGAGAGAGCUCGAGCCUCCAGCAGCAGCAGGAACGCCCUGCAUCCUCUCUCCUCUCCUCUCCUCCAACAUCCAUCCGCCGUCCGUGUGUCCCGGCUCUCCUCUGCUCCUCCAGCCGCGGAGGAGCCACUCUGAACGGGAAGGAAGACGAAGCAAACCUCGCUGGAAGAAAAUGGCCUUUUAACACCUGAGAGAAUAAACCCAGGAGAAGAGACAUGGUUCCUUUGGCUUUUUCCUUCCUCCACCGCCGCCUCCUCCUCCUCUUCCUCGCUUCCCUGAGCUGCUUCCCCGCUUCUGCUGACAGGAGAUUCGGUUGCCUGUUUGAGAACGAGCUGUGUUCACCAUAUGAGAUCUGUGUAAACGAUGAUUUGUUUGGGAGGUGUCACCCUGUUCCAGUGAAGGAGGUCUACACCUACGAUGUUUCCCCGUCUGUAGUGCAACACUUCAGGACGCUGCUGGAGAAGCUCUCUAACAGAGGUUUGACCUGGGAAGAUGACACCACCCAGCAGUUUCUGUCCAAGGAGUUAUCCAAAUUGAGGAGGAUUCCCUUCAGGUCACAGCAGAAUGGAGCUGUCUACAACCCUGACAGCAGGCCUGCAGCUGAAGCGAUGGACCCAGUAGACCAGAGGGUGAAGCCGGUGGAGGUGGAGCUCAGCAGAAAUCUGCAGAUGUACCUCCAACGUCUCGGCCUCCUUCCCAAGACGUCGUCUGCCUCCGGUCUGAGCACCCCUGACAAGAGUGAUCGUUUCCAGUCAGGCAUCCCUGCGGACUUCUAUCGCUCCAAGGCUCAGAUUUCGGCUCAGAAGUCAUCUCCCUCCAGCUUUUCCUCUCUUUCAUCUUUCUUACCUCUGCAGAAGCAGAGACCUCCAGCUGACCAGCUCCUUGCCACGCAAGCAGAGGGUGACCUUCUCCUUGGCGCCCUGAGGCAGUAUCUCUCCGGGCAUCUGUCCCUCCAUGGCGGGGGGAUGAGCCCCGAGGAGCAGGCGGGCCCCUCGCCCCGCCUGAGGCCCCUCUACAGCGACGGAAUAGAAAACUCUGGGCUCAAAAAGGAGACCUCAAAAUCCAGGCUUCUGAAGUUGGGAAGAACUCAAGGGGAUUCAGUCAAGGACCCUCUGACGUCUGUGGACGAGAGGUUCAUCGAAAACGUUUUGAAGAAUGUCGUCAGGCAACACGUGGACGUGGAUGGCUUGACGCCUCAGGAUUUGGGCCAGCUGUCCAGUCUGAUAGCUGAUGCUCUGCAGGUGGUUGACCAUGACCAGAAUCUAAACAGAGGCCUCACCCAUGUUAGACCUGGACCAAGAGACUUGGAGGGAGAGCUGGAACAAGAGGAGGAGGCUGCCAGGGAUGAGGAAAACGAGAAGUUACUCGAGAACGCUCCAACACUGAAACCACAGGAGAGUACUCCUAUUAUGCCAGCAGCACUUCAAGAGCGUCACGCGGAUACGGAGGAGCAUAAUGUGAAGGACGAGCCUGAGAGUGGAACCCUCUUCACCAAACUUCUCGCCUACCUGGACAAAACUUCCUUCAGCGCCUCUCCUUCAGCAAGAAAUCGUGACGACGUUGCCAUGGGAACACCCAAAAGCCAACAGGUGGGCCUGGAAAAUGUCCAGAGCCGGACCAGCGAGGCAGGGGUGAAGGUGCAGAAGAAGGACGGCACCCAGUCUGUGGAGGAGGUGUCGGAGGUGCAGGGCUGGAUCAAGGAGGUGGUGCCCCCUCCUGCUUCGCUUGUGUACGAGGAGCCGCACAAGAAGACGAUGCACGUUCCGGAACUCCAGCUGGACGUCAAAGCGGGCAGGAAGAAGGCAGACGAUGAUGUGUUUGGCUAUGUCAUCACUGACACAGAUGGGCUACAGACGGAUGAAGGCCUCCACCUGAUGGAAAUCCUGGCUCGCAGGGCUAAAAUCCAGAUGACGGACUUCGCCAAGCUCUCGGUGGUGGGCCCCGCUGUGACCUUCAAAGUGAGCCCGAACACUCAGAACGUCAGCACCGCAGAUGUGGCCAACGUGGCUGUCCAGCAGAAAGAGGCUCUGGAGAAAGAAGCCAAGGUCAGCAUCCUGGAGGCCGGGGUCACCGAUGAAAGCCAGAUCAACCAGAUCCCCACCAAGUACAGCCAGGCCGAGUCGACAAAGUUCUUCAUCCUCACCAUUGUGUCUAUCCUGUGCAUUGUUGGCGUGCUGCUGGCCUCCACAGUGGUCUACUGCCUCCGCCACCGCUCCCACCACAAGCUGAAAGAGAAGCUCACCAAUCUGGGAACAGAUACUGGCAGCGAUGCUACCGCCACCUAUCAGGAGCUCUGUCGUCAGCGCAUGGCGGUCAAACCUCCAGCUGAGCGUCCGGAGCCCAUCUCCUCCAGGAUCAACAGCGUGUCGUCUCAGUUCAGCGAUGGGGGUCAAGCCGUCAGCCCCUCGGCUCGCAGCAGCAUCUCCUCCUGGAGCGAAGAGCCCGCUCACUCCAACAUGGACAUCUCCACCGGUCACAUGAUACUGUCCUACAUGGAGGAUCAUAUGAAAAACAAGGAUCGCCUAGAGAAGGAGUGGGAGGCGCUGUGUGCCUAUCAGGCAGAACCCAACGCCUGCACCAUCGGCAUGAAGGAUGGCAACGCCAAGAAGAACCGCUCUGCUGCUGUUGUGGCGUAUGAUCACUCCAGAAUCACCUUGAAGGUGGAGAACAGCCAAGGCAACUCUGAUUACAUCAAUGCCAGCCCGAUCAUGGAUCAUGAUCCCAGGAACCCAGCCUACAUUGCUACUCAAGGCCCUUUGCCCUCCACUGUGGCUGAUUUCUGGCAGAUGGUAUGGGAGAACGGCUGUGUGGUCAUUGUUAUGCUGACACCUCUCGUCGAGAGCGGGGUGAAGCAGUGCUACCACUACUGGCCCGACGAGGGAUCCAACCUGUAUCACAUCUACGAGGUGAACUUGGUAUCCGAACACAUCUGGUGCGACGAUUUCCUGGUUCGUAGCUUCUACCUAAAGAACAUGCAGACCAACGAGACACGAACCGUCACUCAGUUCCACUUCCUGACCUGGCUCAACCAGACCGUCCCGGAGACCAGCCGGACGCUCCUCGACUUCCGCAGAAAAGUUAACAAGUGCUACCGGGGACGCUCGUGUCCUAUCAUAGUCCACUGCAGUGACGGUGCAGGAAGAAGUGGGACCUACAUUCUGAUUGACAUGGUCCUCAACAAGAUGGCUAAAGGUGCCAAGGAGAUUGAUAUUGCAGCGACUCUGGAGCACCUGCGGGACCAGAGGCCGGGAAUGGUUCAGACCAAGGAUCAAUUUGAGUUUGCGUUGACGGCCGUUGCGGAGGAGGUGAACGCCAUUCUGAAAGCUCUUCCACAGUAGAAAGGAGCGCCUCCUUCUGAUGAACCUCCUUCCUUAUCUUCACCUCCUCUCUUGUCUCAUUGAGAGGACGGCUCCUAUUAUUACAUCCUUAUUUGUCCUCCUCCUGUCUCCUCAGUUUGCUUCCUUGUUCCAAUCUCCUUCUUUCAUUCUCCCCCUCUGACUUUUUUGUUUUGUGCUUUCUCGUUUCGUUUCUUCUUUUCCCAACUUAUCAUCCCUGUUUUUCCAGUGUCCUUUUCUUUCGUCUGUCCAGUUCAUACAUGUCAUUUCCUAAAUGUCCUUCUUUCCAUUCUCUUUAUUGUUGUGUCCUUUCUGUCUUCAGAAAAAAAAGCAGAUGUCCCUUCCUUCCCUCAUUGUGUCCAUUCUCCUCUUGUGUCCUUUCCUUAAACAUUCUCUUCUUUCCACUACUGCCCCCUCCCUUCCUUUCCUCCCAUCUCCUCCUCUCUUUGCAUCUUAGUAAACAUUGUGCCAGGAAAACGUUGAACCAGUCCUGUACAUAGAUAGACCUUCCUUCUAUUGUAAUGAUCCAUGCAGCCUGUUUUCCAAAGUGUCAUUUAAACACAUUUUCAUAGAUUGAUAAAAAAAAAUGCUUCUCUAUGUUCUGUUAAGAGUAUAUUUAUCAUCAUUUCUGUUUGAAUGUUAUGAGUUUGUGUGGGAUGUUGAUCAUCAUGUCUGUAUCACAAAAUCGUAUUUGUGUCUGAUUUUUAGAGCCAUGCUUUCUGAUAUGUUGUCAUGCAGUACGCUAGAGUGUCACAGUUUAACUCAUCUUUCAUCUCCCAUUGAGGAUUUUUUCCCCAAUAACAGUAAGUGAUGAAAAACUGCCCAUAAGGUGUUGUUUCCGGCAUUUGUGGCAUUUAAAAUCUGCAGUUUUCCACUUAUUGUGAGAAAUAUAAAAACGACGCUGGUGCUGGAUGUGAGGUGAAAGAACAUGGAUAUAUUUUUCUCAAUGUGUAAUUCUCAUUAUCCUAGUAGAAGCAAUAUUGUGUUUCUUCAACCUGAAUCGCUAUCUCUUGUGGACAACCAAUAUUGUGGCUUGUCAGUGAAGUUACACUCAUGUCUGCCUUAAUAAAAAAAAAACAGUAGAUGGACUCUUAAAAUGCGUCCAGCCACGUUGAAGCUAUAGGCUAGUGUGUAACGCUUCAUUUUAAAAUGGUCUUAUUCCAGGGGAUUAACCUGUGGAUUAAAGGUUUGCCGUGCUGUUACUUAGUGAAAAUCCCUCUGAUAAGCACUGGAGAAUAUGCAGUCUUUAAUAAUCUGGUCCAGGACGUUAUUUAUUGUGAGAAGUUUGUUACAGUCUUUGAAUCAGCUCAACAGCAGUGAUCUUGUGUACUUUAAAAAUAAACUAAUAAUCAAUUUGAACACUGAAAUGAUGCCGUUAUAAAAUCAAGUGUUUCUGACUAGUGCUUUUAUGAUAAAAGAGGUUAGUCUUGCUUCUGAAUAGCAGUUCUUCUAUGUAGCAUUAAUGGAUGAUUUGUACAUGUACAGUAGCUGAACCUGUAUUCCAUUGAAAACUAGUUUGCAGUUCCACUUGUCAGCUGGUUUUCCCAAAAGCAUCUCGGGACUAACUGGUGUUUGUUCCGUUGUAAAUGAAAAGAGCAGCAUUAAAGGUCCAGACCUUUUCUGCAUUUGCAUGUUUAAGCUAGUUUACUUCAAACUGCUUGUGCUUUACAUCGCUGCUAACCAAAUGAUGUUCCUGUGUCUCACCUUUUUGAACAUAUUGUGUUUUAAAAUAUAUUCUAAGCGCCCAAACCUUCCCAUUCAUUUCCGUCAAGGAUAAAAAUUAAUUAGCGGUCCCACCCUAGUUACCGUUUGCCAGUUCUGUUUAGCUAGCUGCUGCUUCAAGAAGCUGACAGCAAGGACCACGUGUGAUAGAAGGAUAUAUUCACAAUAGUAACUUUUAGGAAGAAGGCAAAAUUAUGCCUUUAAGCUUCUUUAUUGAUACAAGAGAAAUAAAGAGUCAAACCUGUCUGUCAUUAGGCUAGCUCUUUUUGAUGUGGCGAUAACGUGAGCUAGCUAGUUAGCCAGCAUUCUGCUAAUGUUAGCUAACUUAAGAUAUGACAAUGAGCAGUGUAGUGUGGCUAUGGUGACUUUGACAGUCUCUCAACCUCAUCUUUUAACCAUCUUCAAAACUUGGUUCUUUUCAACAUAGACGAGUCCAGCAUGGAGCAUAUAAGUAUGACAAGAAAGGGAAAAGUUGACGUUCUGCAGCGUUUAAGCUUGUUCAAUACUUAUUGGAGCACAGAGCAAAAAUGGGCGGGACUUAGGAAGGGCUUAUUAUCGUUGGAAGAUUAUUCAAAGCAGACACUUAAAAUUAGCGUUCACUUGCAACCACAUUACCACUUCUAUUGAAAGUUUUUGUUGAAGGUUUAAGGAGUCUGCUGUUUAAAUAUCAUAUUGUUUGGAAAUGAAUGGAAAGAAAUUGACAAACUAGAUUAAAAGUCUAAAAGUCUGCGACAUGCAUUCAUAGACUAUCAGCAGUAAUUAGAAGCUUACUUGCUUUGUAUUUAAAGGGAACAAAACACCAGUAUGGUGCUUUAAGUUGUUAUUGCUACUACAGUCUGUAUCCAUUGGUGCUUUUUUUUUGUGCUUGGUUUAUUUAAGAUUCACACAGCACAAUUAAAGGUCUCCAUGGGCUUGUAAACAAAAGUCACAUAUUUUACAAGUAACCUGUUAAUUGGACAGUUUGGGUAACCUAUCGAAUACAAGUCGAUGUAGGUUUUCUUGGCUUUCCAAGCAUGAAGAACUCCGUGGGCUGUGGG